CCUGGUCAGUUUGAAGAUGCAGAAGAGGAACGCGAGGCAUUACAAACUUUGUCCGAAAAAUUAAUAAGUAAUGAGAGAGACCUAUCAAACUAUGGUGGUGAAAGAAAUUUUAAAGAUACGCGAGCGAGAACUAAUUUGCGGUCAACAGCUUUGAAAAAAAAACAACAUAAACAUAUGGAUAAUUUGAAACAAAUUCAAGCAAAGGAAUUUAUUGUGGAAGACAUUAAUUGGACAAAUUUUAUUAAUUAUGAUCGUUAUCUUUCUGUUCCUGCAUCCAUUCAGAAUGUAAGUAAGAAAGAUAACGUAACGAAUCAAAUCGAAUUAAUGCGAAUAUUGAUUGGACAAAACCCAUCCUAUACUCUAAGUGACAAAAAGGUUUUCUAUGAAACAUUGGCACGAAGCUUGAAACCUUUGAUGGAAACUAAAACAAAUCCAUAA